AAAUGUUAAAAAACUCCUCGAAACAGACGGCUGCCAGCUGUCUAUAUGCCUGAUCCAGCACUGUUUUCUCGAUAAAUAAGCCCUUUUGUGGACUUUUGAAUAUUGUUUACGUAAGAACUUUGAAACUGUGAUCAUUCAUCGUAUGUUUGAAAUGUUGAAGCUACUCUACCAUAAUGGAUCUGGCUGCAGAUCAGUGUCACUGCCAGAUUUGCCACCAAAAGUGCAGUUCCAAAUCAAAUUUGAAUCGGCACAUGAAGACCCAUGAAGCUAAGACCUUCAAGUGUGAGCGAUGUGGCAAGUUCUUCACGUUGAAGCAGAACCUUGACAAUCAUGUGAAAAAGCAUCAGAGACAAGACCAAGCCCCAACCAUUCGCCUUUAUAAGCCGGGGGAGGCCCUGCUCAAACCUAGUCUUGCUGCCCAGAGCUAUGAAAAAUUUGCUAAAGUGGAGAAGAUCGUUGUUGACAAGGUCUGGUGCGACCCAGUAAGUGCUGAGGCCCUGGCAAGGAGCAAGGCUGGUGAAGCUUGGAGGGGUGAGGUACAUCUCACCUUUGGAAAGUACCUCAACAAAACGUUCAAAUGGCUAAUUGAAAAUGAUGUGGGAUGGAUGAAGUUCAUCCUUGUCGAGCAUCGCACCAAGAAAGAUACAAACCCACUCACGCUGUGGUUGAAGUCAACUCUUUGGGAGUAUGCGGACCAGUUUCCACAAGUUAUGUGUCACAUACACUCUGUUCUCAAGAAAAAGAAGCAUGGCGAUUCCACCACAGCCCCUCUUGUCAGGUUCGAGGAGGAGUACAUUGAAGAUGUUGCACUUUUGUCUCAUGCAGACGACAUCCUCCAAGAAUCUGAUGUGCAAGUGGUGACCUCCCUCACAACAGCGGAGAGACUGAUGAAGCCGGCUACAUCAACAUCAGCGUCAUCAACAUCAGCGUCAUCAUCAUCAUCAUCUUCAGCCUCAUAUGAGGGGUGGCAGAAGCACUGGGAUGAGUGCAUGCCAGCUGCAAACCUCCCGUGGGCCAAGAGUGAUGGGCCACAUGGCCUUUUCAUCAAGGCUGGAAGCAGGCUGGUACUGAAAGAAACAAUGGAAUUUCCACCGCCCCCUCAACAUAAGUUUGAAUCUGUGAUGCCCUCCAUGCUUUCGUUCUUUGCAACCAGAAUCUUCUUCUGGCGACCGGUCGGAGUGCUCAGGCUCAAGAUCCGAUGCCCCAACAGAGAGUGUCCCGCCCCUUCGAGUCGAACUAUGUCCCCCCUAUGCCCCUGCCAACAGCGGAAGAUGAGGAGGAGCUUCUUGGUGUGGAGUUUGUGUUUGUGCAAUCCACAUCCUUCUCUUCCAAGAAGUUCUACAUUAACAAAGUGGAGGAAGAACAGCAGCUGGAUGUGGAUGAGGCCAAGGCCGAGGCAGAGCAUCCCCAGCAAGAGCCUGAGCCCGAGCCCAAACGGGAGGGAGAGAUGCCAGAAGAGAAGGAGGACGAUGAGGGCAUCGACAUCGCCGAGGACCCCAUCGAUUCGCUGAGUCCCCAUC